AUGGGUGGUUGGGGUAUUCUUAAUCUUCGCUUCUUUAAUAAUGCCCUUCUCGCCAAAUGGUGGUGGAAAAUUUUCGCUGGGCAUUGCUGGUCCAAAAUCAUUCACUUCAAUUACCUUAGUGGAGGUCCUCCUGGGCCACUCUUUCAUUCCCCGCCAAGGAACAAAUCCUUUUUUUGGGCUGGCAUCACCCCAUUACUUCCUGCUUUCAGAGCCUGUACUUCAAAAAAAAUACUCAAUGGGGCCUCUACCUUCUUCUGGUUUGAUAACUGGCUAGGCGGCCGAGCUCCUAAAGAUAUUUGGCCUGAUCUUUUUAACAAUUGCCUGACACCCUGGACCACCACCAGACAUUUUUACCAGAAUUCUUCCAUUCUCGCUUCUUUUUUCCACGAAACUACUAUGGAAGAUCUCUUUCCCAUUAUUCAGUCUAUUCCAGAGUGCUCCUCUUCCCAGGAGGAUUUGUACAUUUGGACCUUAGAAAGAAAUUGUUCCUUCUCGGUUCGCUCCUUCUAUAAGUUCCUUGUUGAUGGUGGUUUGCGCACACCACUUUAUCCCUUAUUCUGGAAAGUGGAUUGUCCCAGCAAGGUCACACUUUUCUGUUGGCUUGCUAAUGAUAACAAAAUUCCAUCUAUGUCCAACCUUGCUAAGAUUGGCUGUAACUUUCAGAAUGCAACAGAUACAUGUGUCUUGUGCUACAACAAUUCUGAAACUGUUGACCAUCUUCUGAUUCACUGUGAAUUUGCUUCCCGUAUCUGGGCGUUCUAUGUGAACAAUCUACAUUUACUUACAACUCCAAUUUCGCUUGAUCAAGUUUGGAUAACUUGGAUUCCUUCCCUGGAAGCGCAUAGGCGCACCUUCUGGGAUCUCCUUACCAGAGCAAUUUUCUGGAAUAUUUGGUUGGAAAGGAAUAAUAGAAUAUUCAAUCUUGCCUUUCUUUCCACUACUGCAAUCUUGUUUAAAACUUCUCAUAUGCUUAUUGAUUGGUGUUCUGCAGCUAGGGAUCCUACUCUGCAUGUUUCCAGUGAUUCCAUACAAUCCGUCAAGCGUUCUCUCGACUUCCUGAGCGCCAGAUCAGCGGACCUCGCCAGCAACUCGAUCUAG